CUUGAAGAAAUCUGCACACAAGAAAGAAAAAGUAAGUUUUUCGUUACUCUGUUAUUUUUCUGACAAAUGACAGAUUUAUUUACCCAUGAUGGUCAACUGUUUGCGUUUCUGCAGCCUGCAGCGCCGCCUUGUGGUCACCUCCAGGUACUCGUCCCCGGAUCCGGAAGAGCUGCUGGAAUCGUCGGAGCUGUCGCCCGGCGACGCCGAGAACCACCUCUUCGUCUUCUUCGCCGCCGGCCUCACCGUGCAGCUGUGGUAAAAUCUCGGCACAUCCUGGCACUUAAGCUCCUCCCACUGCACGUCGGAGCCCGGCAGCGGAGCGUCGCUGCGGAAGUCGUAGCUCCACCGCUUGUUGGCCGCGUCCACGCCCAAGUGGAGGAGACGCUGGAAGUCCUGGCGCAGCUGCUGGUGGUCCACGGGGCCGAAGAGGUUCCUCCGCACCGAGCCCACCUUUAACGACGGGGCCUCGACGCCCCCUCGGCACGCCGUCUCUGAGUCAGUGGAUGUUGACGUGUCCAUCGCCAUGUCCCUGGUGAACGCACGCAAGGAAAGAGAAUGAAUGCAAAAUAACCCACCUUGGGACCAAGGGAAGUUGCGAGUGCCAGCACUUUGAUAAAGAAGAGUCCUCAAUGAGCAGAGCGUGGGCCAAAGUUAUUCAACACAGAGGCGACGCCCGAAUUGCACCUUUUUCCCGCCUCUUUCAAACUGAGCACUGGGAUGUGUGUUUGUGUCCAUGGCGUGUCCUCCAGCUGCUGCGGCCUCCUCCUGCUCCUACACCGUGGUCAUCAUCCCACUAAAGAGCAGACUCUACGGCCUGGACGCGCUUCGAUUCUACUUGUGGAUUAAGCGUCUAAAGGAUCUAGAAAAGGAGAAAGACGCUCUGUGUUGUGGCCUGGAGAUUCUGGACAAGGCCCGAUGUUGGUACCGACAGCGGCUAGAUGAGAACAGGGCCUGGAAAGAGACUAAAAGUGGGGUCAACUCCUGCCGUGAAGGUGCAGAAAAGGACAGAUCUUGCCUGCUGAGGUCUCGCAUGGAGCGAGUAAAUGCCUCUCUGGGUUCUGUCAUGACUGGGAGCUGUGAGUCUCGCACUAGCAGUCAUUCUUUACUGGCAGCACGAGCAGACAGCGCCCUCAGGUGGCAACACGCCGUACUUACUCAGGCCCCCUGGAUGUCUGGUGCCCAAUUUGGAGAUCCAAAGGAGCUCCGCCCGGUGGCUUUGGGCGAGGCUCCAUUUGGGAUCCGUCUCUACGACAGUCGCCCGGACGGAAGACCACCCGUGUCGGAGAAAAUGCUGAACCAGGCCCCCUGGAUGUCUGGUGCCCAAUUUGGAGAUCCAAAGGAGCUCCGCCCGGUGGCGUUGGGCGAGGCUCCAUUUGGGAUCCGUCUCUACGACAGUCGCCCGGACGGAAGACCACCCGUGUCGGAGAAAAUGCUGAACCAGGCCCCCUGGAUGUCUGGUGCCCAAUUUGGAGAUCCAAAGGAGCUCCGCCCGGUGGCGUUGGGCGAGGCUCCAUUUGGGAUCCGUCUCUACGACAGUCGCCCGGACGGAAGACCACCCGUGUCGGAGAAAAUGCUGAACCAGACAGGUGUUGUGGAGUAUCUGGGACGGAAGGCCUCUUGUGUGGCUUCCUUUUUAGUGCCCCAGGGAACAAAUGUGCCCAAUCGGGGGACUCCUGAGGAAGCAUCUCCUGAGGGGGCGUCUCCUGAGGAGGCGUCCGCUGCAAGGGCUGGAGAGGGGACCAGUCGGGGGUCGCGGAAGAGUAACGAGGGGACAUCACCGAAGAAAGCCCCCGCUCCUGUUCUUCAUCCCGAAAGUCGAUCAGGAGAGGCGAGGAGGCCGUGGGUCCCCCUGGUGAUCCCAGAGGAAGCCUCCUGCGAGAUGCAGGAAUAAGCUGGGUGGGCGGAGCCUCGCCGAGGGUGUCCUGGGCAGGCCCGCUGUCCGUGGCCCGGGGCUGUGUCACCCUCUGCUCCUUGGGUGGUUCCGGUCGACGAGGAAGGAAGAUCGGGGCAACCCGUGCUGGAGGGAUUGCUUCCCGAUCCACCUCAGGAGACCAAUCUGGAGCCACGGCGUCGGUGCUGGUAGCCACCGAGACCCGGGCGACGACCCGAGCCGGAGGGCUGCUAGCCCGUACCACCCCAGGAGCCCCGUCAGGGCCCGUAGGGUCAGUAUGGGUGCCCACCGAUACCCGGGUGGCGGUCUGGACCGGCAAGGACUGGGCCGG